AUGACGUCUUUCUCACCGCUUCGCCUAUGUGAGCACGACAGCGAACACAUUAUGGAUCAUUACACAGAAGUUGAAGAUCGAAUCGAUGCCGACGGAAUAAUGGAAGAUGAGGCCCUAGAACAGAAAGUAGCUAAAUUGUGCGCUGAUGCUGACAUUACUGGAGAAGAAGAUGGAAGCCAAUUGCCGGAAGAAAAAUUGCUUAUAGAAACGUAUCAAUUUUCUUUCAAUAUUCGAACUCAGCACAACCUACUUUUCAGCUGUAAAUCUUUUUCCUCUACUGGUACUCUGAGUUCCAACGUUAUAAAUGACAUCAAAGCAGGUGAAAGUUUUGAGAAGUGUGGACCAACUCUUUUCCAACAAGUGCUAAUUCAAAAUGAAGAGUUGGCUUGUGGAGCAAACGAUAGUACGGAGUCCUCUUCGGCCUCAAAUUCGAAAUCUUCAGUUGAAAAUGCAAUGGACGGCGAUAUGCAAAGCAUUGUAGUGACACCAGCCUCUUCAAUCUUGUACCCUACCGCAGUCACUGUAAGCUUCAGCAGCUUUAAUUCGGGUGAUUCACAGUCGGAAGAACUGUUAUCGUCACUGUACACAGCAAGCGAUGGAAGGUGGUCACAGACAAGCGAUUCCAGGAGCGACAGCUUACUCUCAUUCUCAACAGGAGUUGGGCUUUCUGACAGCGAUAGCGAAGCAUGUAAUCUUGCGAUAAAUAGCUGCAGCUCAUCAACGAGUAUGAACACCGCUGUAGACAGUAGAGCCAUCAGUGUGGCAGAGGAUGAAUCCGAGGCGAUAUCAAUAGCCGGAGAAUCAAAUAUGUCAUACGUUCACUCCUCGGAAGAAAGCCUGUGGACUGCCAAGUCGUUGUCAUGUACUUUGUUGAGUAAACAAUCUUCAAAGACUGCAAGACCCCCACUCCUGGAAGUAGACGACUUGCACACUGCCGUAGAAGCACCAUUUGUACUGCACACCGCAUGGGAAAGGACAGCUGAUACUCAUACUUUACCAUUUAUGACGGAGAACUGUUUGGCCAGUGAGGAACACUCUGAUAGUUUCGCUUCUGCGCAAAGCUCAUCGGGCUGUGGACCUCUGUACUGUUCGUUUAUCGAAGAACAAGAGGAACUGCAUGAGAUUAAAUCACUGCCAAAUCUCGGAUCAUCUCGCGGAUAGAUGGAAUCUGUUUUGAACCCAUUAUGCAUGUACUCUUGCUUUUACAAUCUUUCUGAAAAAUAAAGGUUUUGUUAG